AUGACAGAGAAAAAUUUCCUGCGCAAAAAAAGCAGUAUUGAUUGUAACCCUGACUCGCAUGCCGAGAGGAGAUUCUCCGCCUCAUGCUUCUGUUAUCCUUCCGUUUGCCGACCCAAUAUUACUUAUAGAUCGAGAAAUUGUCCUGCGCAGAAGAAUGAGAUCUACUUCACCAAGAAGCGUUUUGCUUUUCUUGAUUAUCUGCCCAACGGUUUGUCCAGACUUAUCAGUCCAUUGGAUAGAUAUGGAAAACAAUCAUGCCUUAUUAAGUCACCUCAAUUGCCUUCUCCAUCCUAUUGUUCUUUCAUUCAGUUCCAGAAACUGGCAUCUAAGGGAGCCUGUAACUGUAUUACCUACAAAGUGUCUUCUAGGAAGAAAAUUGAAUGUAGUGGUAAUUUAGAACGUGGGGUUUUCACCACAGAGGCUAGCAACUUGAGUGCUCAAGUCAGACGGAAAAAGCUGGCUGUUUUUGUCUCAGGUGGCGGAUCAAACUUUCGUUCAAUUCAUGAGGCAUCAAUUAAGGGAUCAAUUCAUGGAGAUGUCUCUGUUUUAGUUACAAACAAAAGCAACUGUGGGGGUGCAGAGUACGCCAGAGAUAAUGGCAUCCCAGUUAUACUAUUCCCCGAUGAUGGACUAUCCCCUGGCGAUCUUGUUAAUUCUUUGAGGAGUUUGGAGAUUGAUUUUAUCCUUCUAGCUGGGUACCUCAAACUUAUACCAGUGGAAUUGAUCCGAGCUUAUGAAAGGUCCGUAAUAAACAUUCAUCCAUCACUUCUUCCAGCAUUUGGAGGCAAAGGCUACUAUGGAAUGAAAGUACAUAGAGCAGUAAUUGCUUCUGGUGCAAGAUAUUCGGGACCUACAAUUCAUAUUGUCGAUGAACACUAUGACACCGGGCGUAUCCUUGGCCAGCGUGUUGUGCCUGUGCUUCCUAAUGACACUGCAGAGCAGUUGGCUGCCAGAGUUCUAAAGGAGGAGCACCGGUUAUAUGUAGAGGUGGUUGAAGCUUUAUGUGAAGAACGUAUAGUUUGGAGGGAAGAUGGUGUUCCUCUCAUUCGAAGCAAAGAAGACCCCAGUGAGUUAAGCUAACAGAAGUAAAGACUGGUCCUUUAAUGAGGUCUUGAGGUCACCCUGAAGAUCUGAUUUCACUGUCAUAUGGUUAUAACAUACAUUCUUUCAACACUCCUUUUCACUGCAAUACCUAUCACUUGAUGAAAUUGUCUUGCAGUUUCAAUGUUUUCUGCUGGUGGUUUUGGCCUCAUAAAACUUGUAACUUUGACAAAAUUAGUGAUGAAUAAUGAUAUGAGCAUCAGAUGGGUUUUGAGGGGCC